AUCGAUCGAUCCUCAAUUUUCUCAUUUCGGUGCUUGAAAUCGGUUUUAGGGUUAGGGUUCCAAACAAUUUUUUACCUGUCUUGUCUUCACUGAAUCUGAGAAAUUCGUUUGCGUUUUUGCUUGAUUAACGUUCUGGGUAUUGUUUAUGUUUUCACGAUUUGAUAAGACGUGAUGUUUUUUUUUUCCUCUUUUGGUUCUCGUUAGGGUUUGCUGAAAUUGGGGCUUUUUCUUGAUUUGGGGGAAAGUUGAAUUUUCAUGAAGUGAUACUAAUUAGGCUGCAGCACUUGCAAUUUGACAAGGAAUCAUGGUGCAGAAGCGUCCUUUUGAUACUGAGGAAAUACUUGAAGUGUCCUUCAAACAUCCAAAACAAGAGGGACACAAGAAUCAGUUCAUGUCCUUUGAAGAAUCUGUUUUUCCUGAGGAUGGUUGCGUACCUAGAACAUCAGUUGAAUAUCCUAAAGGAGCUGUGCAAUUUGAAACAAGCUUUCCUGGAGGCUUUUCUGUUUCUUCUUGGGCCUCCAGUGACACUAGUGAAGAUGUACAAUCAGAAUCACCUAUAAAUCUCCCUUUUGAUCUUGAAUAUUUCAAUCCAGAGCGUCCAACUAGGACAUUAGUUCGUUAUGAGAACAGCUAUUCCAUGCUCUUCAAACACCCUCCAACAACACCUGUACCAGUAGGACCCGAUCAUCAAGCUGAUAUUCCAGCAUGGGAUUCCAGUGCGACUAGCCGACCAAAUCCUGAUGCUGCUGGGGAUAAUAAAGAUGAAGAGAGACUUAUGGGAACCUGUAUAAUCCCUAUGCCUCAGAUGAAACUUUCUAUCUAUGAUAAUGAAGAAGUUGGAAAGGGAAGAACUGAUGAUUGUAGCUGUGGAGACAGGGGAUCUGUGAGAUGUGUCAGACAACAUAUAGUGGAAGCAAGAGAGGAACUUGUUAAAAGCAUUGGGAAAAAGAUAUUCGCUGACUUGGGGCUCGCUGACAUGGGAGAACAAGUGGCAGACAAAUGGAGUGCAGAGGAAGAACAACUAUUUCUUAAGGUUAUCUUCAAUAGUCCAGUAACACUGGACAAGACUUUCUGGGACUACUUUCCCAUUGCUUUCCCUUUGAAAACCAAAAGGGAGAUGGUUAGUUACUAUUUUAAUGUGUUCAUGCUUAGAAGGCGGGGAGAGCAGAACAGAAACAGCCUAUUGGCCAUCGACAGUGAUGAUGAUGAAUGGCAAGGUAGUGGUGAUGGCAAUGGAAUUGAAACUGGAAAUGAUGAUGAAGACUGUGUUACUGAGUCCCCAGAAUCUCAAGAUGAUGCUUGUCUUGCUAAAUCUAAUUGCCAUGAAAACUAUCUGCAAGGUAAUGAUGAGUAUGCCUCAGAUGAAACUUGUGCUGUUAAAAAGAAUGUAUAUUUUACCGAGAGGAACAUUGAUGAUGAUUCAAGAUAUCCUUCUGCGAUGACUCACUUCAUUGGUUUAUCUUCUCCUGUCCAACCCCGGGAUCAAACUGUUUGGCGAGAAAGGUUUGAUGAAGAUGUUCAUGAUGAUUCAUGCACCUCAUGUGAUGCAGGAGUUGCCUCACAGAAGACGGAGAAUGGUGAUCAUUGGUUUGGUAAUUAUAAUGGGGAACACAAUGGUUAUAGCCAAGGAUAUGUUUUGGACCCUUUUGAUGCAGAAGUCUGGGAUUCUGUCUCUGUUUUACACUGGAAGUAACAGUGAGUUCUUAGUCUACAUGCAGCAUGGUCAAAGUUGUUUUUGGCGAUGGAAGAAGGCAAAAAAUGAGAACUGGAUUCUUCAUCCUAUGCUUUUAUUUGGUUAAGCCAAAUGAAUGAUCUACUUUUAUUUUGCACGUUGGCAUAAUAUUGAGGAGUUUUGAAACUGAUUUGGUUUUUCAGUUUGGUGCCUUUUAUUCAUCCGUGACUGCAAAAUUCAUAUUCUUUAACUUUACCAUAGUUUCCAUUUUGGAGUAGGAUCUGUCUCAGGGAGAAAGUAGCUUGUAAAAAAAACCAUCAUGGAUGUCAAUAUAUCCCAUUUGGGUUUCAUGAUGUAAUUUUGCAUUGUUAAAUAAUACACAAAAUUACUGCAA